AUAUUACACUACAUGUUCUUACUAAUUAAACGAUAAACUAAAACAGUACAACCCAUAAAAGACACGUUGCCAGAUACGUCUUUUUUGGGAAAACUCUAAAAACCUAGUAGGUGCUGUGAGAGAAAGGCAGGAUUAACGCCAGGCCCGUAGAGGGAGCUGGAGCGGUUAGCUUGUUUCUGUUCGACGCCUGGAGAUCCACCAACUUCCACUGGAUGCUGUGGAGCUGCAGUGUCUGACUCCGAGCUGGGGACACGAGUCAUGCCUCUGAAGAAAGUCGUGAUUGUCCCAGGCAACGGUGCAGGAGAUGUGGAGCACUGUAACUGGUAUGGUUGGGUCCACAAACAAACAAAUAAGAUUCCAGGUUUGUCCUGCCAGUUAAAAAACAUGCCAGAUCCAGUGACUGCCAGGGAGAGCAUAUGGCUGCCCUUCAUGGAGAAGGACCUGCUGUGCGAUGAAGAGACGGUGAUCAUUGGCCACAGCUCUGGAGCAGCUGCUGCUAUGAGAUAUGCUGAGACCCACAAGGUAUUUGGCAUCAUCCUGGUGGGCGCCUACACCUCAGACCUGGGAGAUGAGAAUGAGAGGGAGAGCGGAUAUUUUAGCCGGCCAUGGGAAUGGGACAAGAUCAGAGCAAAUGUGAAGCACAUUGUUCAGUUCGGAUCCACAGAUGACCCCUUCCUACCUUGGGAGGAGCAGCAGGAGGUAGCAGACGGACUGAAGGCAGAGCUUCACAAAUACACAGACCGUGGACAUUUUCAGAAUACGCAUUUCCCAGAGCUCAUUGACUCUGUGAGGAAACUGACAAAAGCUGGCUGAGUAUGCCACAGGGGCUGCAAUCCCAACAGCAGUAAUGGAUGUUUCUCCGGAUCUGUCGCUUGUCCAGCUCUUGAACAGUGUCCUGAUGACCCUGAAGCAGAGCACACUCCUCUUCAGUUCGCUCACAUUCAGAUUUCUUCAGUAUUCUGGCCACCUGUACAAAACCAGAUUGACCAGCAGAGUGUAGUACUGCUGCACAUGUGAAAAAUGCCGGUUUCCCAGACAGACAGAUUAAGUCUAGUCUUAGACUAAACUGCUUUCCCAGAUCUAGAUAAAGCCUAAGCCUAGACUAAAAAGAAUUUACUGUGAUAAUUCACCAUUAGCGUAGCAACUUAGCCCGAGACCAAGUUUCAUCAAUGUCUAGAAAACUGACCCAGAUGAAUGUGAUUUACCAGAAGGGCUUCAGGGGAAACUCUUCAUUCAUUGUUUCGCACUUACAUUAACGGCUCUCUCUUAUAUAGGCUGUAAACACUGCACAUUCUAAAUACCAUAGAAAGACUCAAUUUAAUCAUAUAUGUUUUAACACUAUUUAAGAAAAUCCAGCUGUUAUGUUUGAAGGUGGAGCGUCUGCAGGCAGGUUAAGGCUAUAAUGCCGGUAAGACUACUGACUGACAUGCCUUGUACAUGCGGCCUAUAUAUUCCUGGAAGUAAAUAAAAAUGUUCAUGUACUGUCUGUGUACUCACCAGUUUAA